CGGAGAAAUUUCAGCCGUUGAUACAGGGGGACGAAAAUGGACGGCGAUCGUUUCGAGACAAAACCGAAGGGAAACAAACGCGUGGCGAUCAAAUCAUGGCAGCCUCGGUGGAAAGAGAAGCUUAGGGAAGAAUGUGUCCGGCGGGUUCAGAAGAACAGAGCUGAGCUCUUAUGGCAGCUGCGGCAAUCCCAGGGCGUCAACACGAGACCAGACCAGGCGGGAAAGGUUGAUGUUCUAGGAGUUGUCCAGUCCGGCACCCCGCGUGUGAGUCGCAGACUUCGGGAAGGGGCAGCAGGGAGUUCAUCCGGCUGUGCAAGACAGUUGUGCGUAUCAGGGUUUUGCGCAGCUUUUCUCUUCAGCCAAGUGGCGCUUGCGAUGAGUGGCAUAAAUUGGGGUGGUGGAGGGCGACCAGGAGGAGCGGGAGUGGGAGCUGGAGCGGAGGAAAUAGCUGCGCAGUGGGUGCGUGGAGGAUCGGGGCGGGCACACACGAAUAACUGGGCUGUUCUCGUCUGCACCUCCCGGUACUGGUUCAACUACCGCCAUGUUGCGAACACGUUGUCCUUGUAUAGGACCGUGAAGCGGCUCGGCAUUGCUGAUGAUCACAUCAUCCUCAUGCUUGCCGACGACAUGGCAUGCAAUGCACGUAACACGUACCCUGCACAGGUGUUUAACAACAAGAAUCGUCGUUUGAAUCUUUACGGGGACAACGUGGAGGUCGAUUACCGAGGAUACGAGGUGACGGUGGAGAACUUCUUGAGAGUGCUAACAGGGAGGCACGAUCCUGCAGUUCCUCGGUCGAAGCGCCUUCUGACGGACGCCGGCAGCAACAUUCUGAUCUAUAUGACUGGGCACGGAGGCGACGAGUUCCUAAAGUUUCAAGACUACGAGGAGAUUCAGAGCCACGACUUGGCGGACGCCAUUCAGCAAAUGCACCAGAAGGGUAGGUACAACGAAGUCCUGAUCAUGGUGGACACAUGCCAGGCGAGUACGUUGAACACGCAACUGUACUCGCCCGGCGUGAUUGCCAUCGGGAGCAGCAAGAAGAAGGAGAACUCGUAUUCCCAUCACAUGGACAGCGAUGUCGGGGUUUCCGUUGUCGACAGAUUCACGUACUAUACUCUAAGCUUCUUUGAAAAUCUUGACAUCAACAGUUCUGCCUCGAUCUUAAGCUUGUUCCAGUCCUUCAACCCAGCCUUGCUGCUCUCGCAUGUGGAGUAUCGUACAGACCUUUUCCAGCGGGACAUUUCGAGGGUUCCUGUCACAGACUUCUUUGGAUCUGUAAUGAAUGUGAAACACACCUUUGCUGCUUAUCCAGACUUCCAAGGUGAUGGAAGCAGCAGCGAAGAACGCACUGUGGUGCCAACAACCCUCACUGAGCAAGAAAAAACAGAUCGCCUGCAAGUAGGCGCUGCUGAUGAGAACUACAAAGAUAGACCUGCUGGGGAUGCAGCGCAAUCAGAGAGCUCGAAUCCCACCCCUUUCUCAAAAAAGAUGUCCGGGGGACACGGGUCGAACACCCACAGCCGUGACCUGAGUAGUUGUGACUCCGUGACAUAUCAAAUAGACUGGAGGGACAAUCAAGAUCAGUGUUCAGACUUGCCAGUGUUGGCAGGCAUGAUAGGUUUGGGAUUCCUGGUUAUGGUGGUGUCCUUGAUGUCAGCGGAAAGACGGGUGGAGAGGGUUCCAGCGUCUUGUAUCGCUUACUAGAUAGAGGUAAAACCAGAAACCAAGGAGUCGUUCCCUCCGUCGCCUUACUUCUGGCUACCUGUGACCACACUCAGGGCAUACUCACACUCGGACUAUUUUGACUGAGCUCUGGACGUGAUUACUGUCAGAUGCAUCCAGGUCUGGCCGUAAUUUCAGUCAGAUAACGUUUGUUAGUGCGAGUAUGGCCUCUCUGGGUGGGUGUGACCACGACUCAAAUUGCAGAGUCCUUCGCUCUGCGUGGCCUCUCCGGGUGGGUGUGACCACGACUCGAAUGACUACAAGAUGCAGAUUGUCAAGUAAUGCAUGAACUGUGCUGUUUCCUACGACGCAGUUGCAGCAAAGAGAGCUCGCCUCCCACACGGUAGAGACCGGACCGAAGCGGUUGAUGACAUCAUCGUUGCUUGACAUUGCAGUCGCUACCGUCUUACCCCGUGUAGAACCUACGGUCGCUAUUGCUCCGUCUACUAGACUGAAAGAUGCUCCAAAAAUACACAGCUGAAAUGACUGUACGGUGUACGUUCUAUUCGGGGGAAGGCGGUGGAGCAUAAACUCGCUGUCAGUGAGAAGGGCCAGCAAAGGCCAUGCAACCAGUCCAUGGACCUCUGCUUAGGAGCUCAGAUGGUAAUGAUUAUGAUGGUUGUGCCAUUCUCUCUCUACGGCGAUGAUUCGUGUGGGCUUAUACCUGCUUGGCAUUGCCCUGGUUGUGGGGAUGGUUACGUCUGGUUUAUCAAUGCUCGAGAUUACAGUUGAUGGCACAAACACAGUAUAGUAUGUCGGAGAAGGGCCUGCCUGACAAGUGUGUGUAAGAUGAGAGAACUUUACUACAAGCAGUGAAGGCUCACUGAUCAUGAUGACAGAGUGGUUGUGGUGACGGUUAAGAUGGCGAUAAUGUUCAUGAGAAGUUAUGGGUCACUCUGAAUAAGAACAGUGGUUGAUAUAUCUGAGCAACCACGGGCUGAGAAGAUGUGAACCAGGUUGCAACGCACCAUGAACAAAAUGUCAAGAAGACU